CAGAGUGUAGUUAGAAACAGUUUUAUCUCCUCGAAAGUUUUCAUUUUAAACUAUGGUUGCUCAAUCCUGUGGCACCAUUCCAAUGCAUAUCUGCAUCAAUCCAUCACAUUAUUCUUAUCAUCAUUCUCAGACUUUGAAUUAUUUUCCAUUAAUGUUACUUCGCGUGAGUGUCAUUAAAAUCGACCGUAUCAUAGCAACUCUCUUCUCUGUCCAGACUUUGUUUGUAAGCACAUGAGAGGAGAUUGAAGCUGUUAUUCCCACUUACUUCCUAUCUUUAGCAAUGCUAUCUGUGUGCUGUGACAGACGACGGAUUUCGGAGCAAAUGAAACUUAUCAAAUUGCACAACUGAACUUGCCUCCGAACCAGCUCCGCUGCAUAUCUUUCACUGUCCAGUCACAUAAACCAUAACCAUUUUGUCCCUCACGGAUAUUCAGUCUGCCGAAAACAUGGUUGUUGCCUGUGGUCAGGAGACGGAAGAGGCGGAAAUUGAAGAUGAAGAGGAGUGGGAGUUUGAUCCCUAUCUCUUCAUCAAACUGCUUCCACCCCUCACCCUGGAAAUGCGAGUACGCUGUCCUGCCCUUCCUCUGAAAACACGGAGCAGUCCUGAAUUUACUUUGGUUCUAGAUUUGGAUGAAACAUUGGUGCAUUGCAGUAUUGACUACAUGCCUGAUGCCGCCUUUUCAUUUGGAGUAGAAAUUCAGAACACCAGUCACACGGUUUUUGUACGCACGCGACCGUAUUACAAAGAGUUCCUUGAGCGUGUUUCGGAGCUGUUCGAAGUUAUAAUUUUCACCGCCUCCAAACCUGAAUAUGCCAACAAACUGCUCAACAGGAUUGAUCCUUCCCGACAAUUAAUCAAAUACCGGCUGUUUCGAGAACAUUGCGUAUUUGUUCAUGGUGCUUAUGUGAAAGACCUUUCAAUUUUGAACCGAGAUCUUUCAAAAACAAUAAUAAUUGACAAUUCUCCGCAGGCCUUUGGUUAUCAGAUGGAAAACGGAAUCCAUAUCGAAAGUUGGUUUUUUGAUCAAAAUGAUGAUGAACUGAUAAAACUUCUUCCAUUUUUGGAAAACAUAGCAUUGUGUAAUCAACAAGAUGUGCGGCCCCUCAUUCGAGAGAGAUUCAAUCUGUUCCGGUUCCUUCCUCCUGACCCAGAUGGUAGAAAACUUCCAAACGAAGAUAACAAUAAAGGAAUGAUUCAUUAUUUGAUGCCAUAAUUUGCUAAAGGAAGGACAGCAAAUUAAACAUUUUCACCAACAUGGAUUUAUACGUCUCAACUGAAUACAAUCCCGCCGAGUGUUGUAUUCAUAAAAUCUUGAAACCCAUUUUGUUUCUGUACUUUUUUUCUCUUUUUUUUUAUGAAUGUUUAAACUUUAACUAUGUGAUUAGUAGUGGUAGAAGUUUAAUUGUUAUUUAUAUUUAUUUAGGCUUAGUGAACCAAAAGAAGUCUCAAUAAUUCAGCUCACUAUAAACUGGAUGGAAGUAAAAACCAACUCAAGCACCCUGUAUACAAAGUUGUUCCCGAAAUAGCUCCUUUCCCUAGGAAGCAGCAUGUCGACGGUGAAAUUGCCAGACCUAGUAUCUCGGUUUACGAUGUUGUAGACUUCCCAUCAUACUUUAUUUUGAAACGAAAAACUAUUUAAUAUCAAUUCUUGAAAACUUCUGUGUUUUUUUCUCUUCAUGCAAAGAAACCUCUGUGAAAUUUUCAAGAAAUGUUAUUGAUUUGGUUUCCUUCAAGAAAAUAAAAUGGGAGCGAAGAUUUUUAAACACCUCAAACAAGAUAUGUCAUCUGGUAGUUUCACCAUCGAUAUGGUUUACAUGGUGAUUAAGACAGCUUUAGGGAAAUCUUUGAUUUAGCAUCAUACAAAGGAUAAUUUUAAGGAAUCUUCAGCAAAUCAGUGGUUUAACUUUGGAAAAAGACCCUUCCUUGAGAUUAUAAUAAUGUGCCUCUAUGUAAAUCAAAAAUACGGAAGGUUAUAUUUUGCCAGUUUUGAAAAUUUCAAGGUAGGUUUGUACCUACCUUAAAGUCUGUCUCAAUCAUGACAUUUCUUUCUUCGAAUUUUUUAUUUUUUUGCAGUGGCAAAUCAUUGUAAUCCCUCCGGAAGGUCUAUUUCCAAAGUUAUAUUGUUGAAAGUUACUCAAGAUUCGUAAAAAUAGUCCUUUUUAAGAUGCCCCGUUAGGUAUUUCCUUAAAUCUUCCUUAAUCGUAAUGUAAGUAGAGCUUAUCUGGUAUGGGGCUCCCUAGGGAAUGGAGUUAUUUAAAGAACGAUGAGAAAUAUAAGCCUAAAUGUCUCGCUUUUUGGUAGUUUUUCAAUUAUUUAUUUCCAUCCUUUUACUGAAUAAAGGACGCAAGUUUUUUUCAACAUGAUCUCUAAAAUAAAAGCAAAUAAAUGAGUACAUUAAAUAUUAAGGUUCUCUCUAAAUCUUCAGUCUAAAAGAUUCAUUUUAACCACAAUCAGAAAAGUUGAAGUGUUGAGAGUUCUUCACAUUGCAUGGACAUGUCGCUUCAUUUUGAUUAAAUUGUAUUAUUUUAUCUCAUCAAAGCUGAAUAUCAAAAACUGAAGUAGAAUUUCUCUCUCUCUCUGGUAACCAUGACUAUGUUUUGCCGGGCUGUUUUCCUCUUGAUUUUUUUUAUAAUUAGAUCUUCCUAAUGACAACUCAUUUUUUUGGUUUUUACUAUCCCACUCAAGAAGAUUUUUUUCGAAUUAGAGGGCAAAUGAUUAAAAAAUGAACUCCGAAUAACGCAGAUUUUGACUUCUCCUUUUUUUCAUUAUUUUAUUAUUAUUGUGAGAAAUAGUUUGACGCAUUCAAUUGAAUAUUGGAGUCUUACAUGUUUAAGUGUAAUAAUUAAUUUUCUUCCUUAUGAUUGUUUGUUUUCGCAUCAUUGCUUCUCCAACUGGAAAAAAAACAAAAAAAUUAAUGAAAUAAAUGAGGAGGAUAGUAACUGUAACCAUUGCUUUAUUUCUUGGAUAUUCUGUGUAUUUUUACUCAAUGCAAGCUUGCAGCAAAACUAUGUAUGGUUCACUUGUAUUUUCUUCUUUGUCAUUUUAAGGUUGAUCAGACAAUCAGACAUUUGAAUUUCUUGGCGGAGAGUUGUUGAUUUUACUUUAUGAAUUCAAAUUUAAUUACUUAUGGUCCAUGCGUUUUCUUUGUAAUGCAGCUAUCUUUUUCAGUCAAGUGAUUUAUAACUUUCCCUUUUUUUCCUUAAUUUUUUCCAGUGAAAAAUGACAACGAACAGUUUAUAAGCAGUAUGUUUAUAAUCAUGUCACCAGGAUGUUUACAGGGCCGUAAAUAGGGAAAAGUGAAGGGUAAAAAAUUUAGUCAAAAUCGUCGAGGAAUAAUGUCCAAGUUUAUGCACUCAAAUAUUGCUUGCUGUGCACUUCUUCUCUGUAUUUUAAUACAUUCCUUGCCAACAAUUUUUGCGUUCAUGUUUCUGCUUGGUCAAAACAACACACAAAAAAAAAAAAACUAAAAAAGAUUAUCUCAUCAAAAAAUUUGAGACCCGAUUUACGUGGCUCCACCGAUAAACAACAAAACUUCACUUUUUGACUGGCUUGAGUAGGAAGGUGUCAAAUAAAUCAGAAGUUGCUCUUCAUUUUUUGUGCCCAUUGGUAAGGUUUAGCGGAAAAGUUAGGAAAUUUCCAGCACCUCAAACAGGAAAAGGCAGAGAAUUGGAAUAAUUUUUUUUUCUUCAAGCCUAAACAUCCUGGUAAUGUAUUUUAUAUAUCAUUCACAGUUGUCGGUGACCCAUUGUGAUGGACUUAAUUUGAUUGUGGAAACCUAGCUGUACAAAGAAAUUCAAUGGAUCACUUUUAAUUCAGUUUUGAUACAUAAUUUAUUUUUCUAACUAGGUGAAAAUUUGCACAACAUUUUAUGUACUGUGAAAGUAUAUAUUAUCCCCAAAUAGUUAUUAUUAUUUAUUUACUUAUCUUCUUUAUUUUUAUUAUUUAUUGAAAUAUUGUUCUGCUUUUGUCAUAUUUUUAACUGUCAUAAUUUUAUUCUCAAUUUUUAUCAGUAGCUUGCACAGUUCAAGGAUUCAUCAAUAUUUCAAAGCCUCGAAAUGUUUGCAGUUGUUAAUUUUUUUUUUAAUAGAAUGGUCCCAUUAAAUUUCUCCAAUUCAGUCCAUAACAUUUCAAAGUGAGCAGAGUAUCAAGGUAUUUUUAAAAAAAAAUUUCUGGCCAUUUAAACUUGCAGAGAAAGCUGCGAAAAGUCAAAAUUGCACUAAUAUUUUUUAAACUUUCAUAUUUUAAUUUUUGUAAGAAUUUUGUAAAGAAUAAAAUAGAUGUUAACACUUCAGGCGCUGCGAUUCUAAUGAAAUCCUUGAAUGUCAAAAGUAACAAGUUACUGUAAUGAUGCAUGUUUUUUUUAAAAAAAAAAUAUCUAAGUCAAAGAGGCAAAAAAAAAGAAAAUGAAACAAGGAAAAGAAACGAAAUUUAUUUUGUAGGUACCUUGAUUAUUUUGUGCUUUGGUGAAGCUUUAAAAUUCUCACCUUUAGAACCUCUCUGGUUUUAAUUAAGUUUCAAUCAAGUUAUGUGACGUUCAAUUUCUUGUCUCAUCUUGUUUUUUUGUUGCCAAUUAUCUUCGACUUAUUUAUUGACUUUUUAGUUUUUGGCUAGGUGAGUUAAUCAGUAAGGAACGCUCUUUUCAUGCACAAUUUUCUAUCAUAAAUUCAUUCAAAAGAGUCUUGUACCAUGAAAAAACAAAUCGAGAAAGAAUUUUCUCCAGUUUCAAAAUCUAAAAUUUUAGUACUUCUGAAUAUCUCAAUUUUGCUUCAGAUCUCCUAACUCGAUUUACCUGUGUAAAUGCUUCAUUUGUAUUUUAAAUUUUAUGUACUCUUUUACCAUUUGUAUCUGCUUCCUUUGAAAAAAAUUAUCGUGUAGAAACUCAA